UAAUAGUUGCUCGAGUUUCAAUGUCAUCUUUAAACAUCUUUUACUUUAAUAACAUGGGUCUAGUUUUGCGUGCUAUUGUUGUUAUUUAAAGAAAGAAGUGAUUUAUUAGUACUUGUAUGUUAAGCUACAAAAAGUACCACGUUGACCUAAAAUAUGUACCACGGUACAUAUUUCCUGAAGUAUUAUUCCCUGAAGUUUCUUGAAAGUACUAUUGUACAUGGUGUGGGGUGUUAUUAAACUUGUAAUCCAGUACAAAGACAAACAAUUAGCCUAUAUUUUGCUUAAAGAUAAUGACCCCUGUUACUUAAUAAGAUUUUUUUUUUUUUCCCCAUUGUGACAUUAAGCACAUCUUCCUGAUUAUCAGUAGCCUACUGUGCUGUGGGAAAAUCUCAUUGCUAAUGCUAAAAAGAUAACACAUAACAACAACAACAACAAAAAUGGAUAGGCUGAUUUUCCUAACUAAAUAAAGGUUCUUUAUUGGCAUUGAUGGUUUCACGAAGAACCUGUAACACCCAAGGAAUCUUUCCAUUACAAAAGGGUUCUUUAUGGAAAAGAUUCUUAAGAUUAUUAAAAUAUUCUUCACACUGUUAAAAAAAAAAAAUGUGAUUUUAACAGUAAAAGAUUACUGUAAAUUUAACUGUAAAAAUGCUACAGUAAAAAAAAAAAGAAAGUUAAUUGGUUAACAGAUACUUAAGUAUCUGUACUAUAUACAGUGAAUAACUGUAAUAGAUCUAACCGUACAUUUAAAAAUACUGUUAAAUUUACAGUUUUUGGAAGUGAAAAAGACCAAAUCAUUGUAUAAUUUACAGUGAAAAAACGUAAAUUGACAUUCCCAGAAUUCCCUGCGUGACACUUCACAUUUGAUGUAUUUUCGUUGAAAUAACUGUUUAUUAGUUUUUUCUAAUCAGUUGUGUACAUUAGGGUUGUAUGUUACAUCUAAUGUUGUGAACCUUCUAUAUAUUAGUAUUGUCCUUCUCAGCCUGUGGAAAAGCUGCUUGUGAUGAGCUUUGAUUCAUCAUGUGACUCUCAUCACCACUGUGCUUGGUGGUUGUCAGUGUAUUACAAAGGUUUGGUGUGAGUCUUCUGACACUGAUAGGACUCGUCAUGCAGACUUUGUGCAGUUUGAACAAGUUCCUGCAACAGUAAUGGACAAGUGCAGUGUACAGGUCCAGUAUAACUGCUCUGCUGCCUGCCGAAUCGGUGUCGAAAUUGUUAUCUCCACCCCAACAAGGACAGGAGUGAUAGUCUACAGACGGACCUGGACUAACCAUAAGAGAUUUGGAAAUCCCAGAUCCAGAAAGGUUGCUCUGGUGUUUCCUCCAGCUGUGCUAUACCAGAGAGACUUUUUUGUCAGGCAACCGUUGGAGACGUGUGAUGUGCUGCUGAGGGCCUGGCUGCUUCAUCUGGAGGAAGAGGAACUUGGUGGCAACCAUGUUGAAGGAUAUGACCGAUCUCUUGUGAGAACGUCUACCUUUUUGAGGACACUACCAACAUCUCAACGUCCAACAUAUCCACAGACAAGAUCGGUCUCAUGGGGCGCAUGGCUGAUGUGGCAGCUGACCAAAGAUAGUGUGAGAAAAUGUCCACAUGAGUCAGACACUGUGGAUAUCCUUACUUUUCCAUUUGCGAGUACUGGUGAGAGGUUUGGGGUGAUACACACAUUCUCCCCCUUCAAAAACAGAGAUCUAGAAAGGAGACGCAGCCUCGCUGUCAAACAGCCAAGUGCGGCCCUGUCAUUGUGGAUCUACUUGCUGAGCUGGUGCGGCCAGUCGGUGUGUGGGAUACUCAAGCAUGUUAAUGAACACAGGAACUAUGGAAGCCCGCUCAUUAUUCUGUCUGACACAGGCAAUAUAGUGCUGCAGGUGCAAAUGGUGGAUGGAGAAGAACAGGCGUUUACAGCACACACAGCAUUACCCCUCCAUACCUGGAUCCGUUUGGAUAUCUUCUUUCAGGUGUCAAAGGCAAAACUCACAAUCACAAAGGUCUUACCUGCAGGACAGACGUCAGAGAGCACUCAUUUUUUUAAUUUUCGUCAGCCUGUUAAAUUCAAUGACACAUCAGGAUAUUUUGUGAUUGGUGGAUGCAACUACAUGAAGGGGUUUCAUGGCUAUUUUGGGCCAAUCAGAUAUUAUCGUUUAGGCUCAGAAAAGGUGAAAAACCCCCUGUCCCCUGUCAGGACGCUAAAAGAGCUGGACCGACUCCACAGACACUGUGAGGAAAUGCAACAGGUUACUGAGCACUAUCUGGAGGCAUGGAGACAGAACCGAGACAUCUCUAGAGAUGUUUGUGAGUCUUAUUAUGGAGACCUUAAGAGGAAGUUUGGUCGUAGGGAAUGCACACAAACUUGGUCGUGGGACCAGCAAAGAAGAUUCAACAUCACCCUGAAGCUUCUAGAAGACCAUCAGGACUUCAUAACAGGUCUGGAGAGCAGUGGUGGACAUUUGUUGCAUCUAAGCCAAGUGAUUUUCCAGGAUGUGAUAAAGACAAUAAGUAAAGCAGAGGAAUCUGACGGUGGCCUGGAUCUCAUGUCAACUAUCAUUGAGCAGCUUCAGGUGUCCUCCUGCUGGGGUCACCAGCACUCCUCUCUCCUGCUCGCUACCCUGCACCUGGCUGGCCUGGGCAUCUCUGUGGACCUGGAGCAGGGUCAUGUUUAUAGUUUGAUAGGCGGGGUCUCUGAUGACCGACUCGCUCUGAUGCAUUUGGGAUACAAGCACAUGCAGGGACUUGACGGUUUCCCCAAAGACCAGAAUACAGCAUAUGGCUACUAUGCCAACAUUGGCAAACAGACCAGCAUUGACCGCGAUAAAGUACAAGACUCUUUGCAAACUCCCACAGAACAUGUUCAUUUAAACAAUGACGACGAGCUCAAUACCCAAACGGGUGAACUGGGUGACAUUGUGCAGUAUUUGAAACACCAGGCCAACAGAGGAGAUAUAGAAUCUCAGAAAUCUUUGGCCAGGAUGCAUCUUUGGGGCAGUAACGGGGUGGAGAAAGACGUUCGAACAGCGGUCAUGUGGUAUGCCAGGAGCGCCCUGCAGAUGGUUGAUCCCACGGCCAUGUACGACUACGCCAUUCUCCUCCUGAAGGGCACAGGAGUGAAGAAGAACCGAACACUUGGCCUUGAGCUUCUGGAGAAAGCUGCUGAUAUGGGUUCUGUAGAAGCUCUGAAUGGACUUGGAUGGUACUACAGUACCAUAGUAAAGGAUGGAAGAAAGGCCCUUCAGUAUUUUGAGUUGGCGGCUCAAAACGGCAGUCGUGAUGGGCUCUUUAAUGUUGGAUUGUACCAGUUAAAUGGUGCCAGUCCUGACAAACCAGACAGGAAUGAGACUGCUGCGUUCCACUACUUUUUGCGUGCGGCUCAGUUAGGUCAUGUGGAUGCCGCUGUGCAGUCGGCAUCAUUUCUCUCCACUGGAACUGUACAAGGAGUGCCGAAAGAUCAAGACAAAGCUGUGCUGCUGUUGAAGCAAGUCAGUGAGAUGAAUGGCCACCUGGGCUUCAUGGUUAAAGAAGCUCUUCAAACUUAUCAAAGAGGAUCAUGGGAUGAAGCGUUGGUGAAAUAUGCCAUGCUAGCAGAAACUGGUCUCAGUGUGGCACAGCACAAUGCCGCCCAUCUGUGUGAGGUGUUAAGCCACAGUUCUGCCUGUCAGUGGAGGUUUCACAACUACUCCACCUACAAUCACAUCCCUCAUGAAGCUGGUUUGUUGCGAAUGGGAGAUUAUUACUGUAAACUGGCUGAUAUGGUGAAGGCCAUGUACAUGUACAGUACAGCAGCAGUGCAUGGCAGUCCUCAGGGACUCUUUAAUCUGGCCAUGUUAAUUGAAGAAGGUUAUGAAGUUCCAGACAUAAUUCUAGAUCAGAUGGCAAUCUCAGCCUCACACAAUGGGAACCGGAGCGUUGUUGUGGGAAAUCUAUUAUCCAGAUGCAGGGAGUUUGAGGAGGGGGACGUGACUCCCUGUUCUUUAGUCCUGUGGAGGAUCCAGUUAAUCCAAGCAUGGAGAGACUUCACACACAGCUCUGUUCAGCUGACGCUGGCCUGUGGGAUUGCCGCCAUAUUCAGCGUUUUUGUAAUUGCUGUGCUAUUACGAACUCUUCUAGCAUUUUACUCUACAGCUUUCCUGUCCACCAACCAAUCAUCAGGACGACAUGGUGAACCAGCAGUUGGCGGGCAAGAAAUCAGGGAGAUCAGCACACAUCAGCAGCAAAGUUACUGGCCUACAGUGGCCCACAACAGCCAUUCACUGCAGGAGACAUCUGAUUUAGUCGUCACAGUGACUGGAGUGUGUGUGUGUGUCAUCUUUAUAAUGUUCAUUUCCCAUCUGCUUUGAACACUCGAUCAACACGCUUUACUUCAGGUUACUGCACAGGAAUUGAACCAGUAUAAAUGUACUGAAUUCGCUCUGGAUGCAGGCUUUUUGGUAACCUAUGUUGUUUGCACUCAGAUUGAUCUAUUUUUAUUUUUAUUAUUUAGGUAAAGGUAUGUUUGAAUGUUUGCGGUGCAAAUAAAUGUCACAUGAUACCUCA